CGCGUCUCUCUGCGAUCUGUGUCGAGCUGAGCAGUGCUGUACUGCAGGAUGAUUCUCUGCCUUUGAUUAAUCACGAAGUAAUCGGAUUUUACUCCAUCAACCCAUUUACACGUGUGCAGUCGGUCGGGGGAUCUCAUCUCGGUUAAGAUGAAUGGAGCGUCAUUCCCCUCUCCCACAGCCGAGAUGGCGGAGAUGAACCGCAUCCACUAUGAGCUGGAGUACACAGAGGGCAUUAGUCAGAGAAUGCGUAUUCCCGAACAGCUCAAAGUGGCUCCGUAUGGCUCAGAGGAGCAGGAACCUGAGCUGGAGGCCCUCAUGAUGCAGGUCCCUGACAGAAUCAUAGUGGCAGGGGACAGUGAUGAUUCCCAGUUCUCCCGAUCCAGAGAUUAUGACCUCAUCCAAUCCACCCCAAUAGAGGCAACACUGUCCCUCAAGACACCACCUCGGGUCCUUACUCUUAACGAACGCCCCUUCGACUUCCAAGAAAUGGAACAGUCAAGCUCUGCUAGCCAGCCCAGUGAAGAAGUGCGCACACAAAGCAAGACACGUAGAGAACGCUCAGUCAGCGAGAACAAAGGUGUGCAUCACAAUGUGCAGCUGCCCAGAAACGACUCCAUUAUGACUCUCUCCCCCCCUGCUACAUUGCGCACUAUGGCUCCUCUUGGUGGCGCCGAGGAUGGGUUUAACCUCUUCAGCGCCCGUGGUGUCCUUUCUUUCAUCCAGUCAACCACACACCGGGCCUACCAGCAGGUCUUGGAGGUCCUGGAUGAGAACCAGUGCAGCAAGCCAUCUCUAAGAGGGGGUUCAACUCUCUCUAACCCCCAGCAUGACAACAGGUAUGCACUGGCCACACUGGACUCUACUCUAGAGGGAGGGGUAGAUGACAUGGCUGUUGUGGACGCCACUUCUUUACGCAGACAGAUUGUCAAGCUGAACCGCCGUUUGCAGCUCUUGGAAGAGGAGAACAAAGAGAGAGCCAAACGAGAAAUGAUCAUGUAUUCAGUCACUGUAGCUUUCUGGCUUAUUAACAGCUGGGUUUGGUUGCGUCGCUAAAACAACAGAGACUCCGCUAUGUGGGAAGGGCAAGCCAGAACCACACCCCCUCUAUUCUAUGUGUCAAACUUUAGCCAUAUAUUCUCAUGGCGAACAGAUUUUGUUUUCUUCACAGCAAGAGCCGUAAAGUCAGGGAUAGCUGUUCCUUUUGGGUUAGUCUGUCUGUUUUUAUUUCAAUAUAAUGUAUGUAAAUUUAUUUUUUUAUUAGUACAAUUGCUUUUUUCUGGUUUUCAAAUGUUUUUAAGGACUUUAAGUAAAGCCAAGCAUGACCCAGAUGUAUAUAUUUUUCCUCACGUGUCUUUCAGCUGUGGCUGUGAUCACCGGUUUUUCCAUAGGUUAUACAUUUGUAUAAUAAUUUGUCAUCUUUUACAAAGACCAAUGAAGCGGGGUGCACUAAAAUAUCCUAGACAAAGGAAAUGUUAUAAUAUUCAAUUAUACUAUUCACAGACUGCUGUGACAUAUGGGAACAUUAUGUAUAGCCUGAAGAGAUCCAUUGGUGUUCAUAUAUUUUAGUAGCAAUGUUCAAUUUCAUUGACAUUCAAACCAUACAUAACUGUGUGUAAUUUAAUUAUGUUCAUCAUCUAAGGAAAACAUUUCAACACUUGAAUAUGUUAACUGUUAGCUAUGAUAUUUCUGCUACAACCCUUCCAAUGUUUGUUUAGGAUAUUACGGAAAUUAUACAGCUUCAGACCGUACAGUUUCCCUCUCACAAAGUCAUACAAAUUAUAUUGCAAAGGCUUUAUUUGAAUAAAUGAAAACAAAAGU